AUGAAUUCUACUAACUGUUCCAUUGAUGAUUUCAAGCGCUCAGUAUUUCCCAUUGCUUACCUGCUGAUCUUCAUCUUGGGUGUUGUGGGUCAUUCGAUCUCCAUCUAUGUCUUCUUCAGCCUGUGGAGGAAGAAGAGGAGGCUGACAUCAGUCAACGUGUUCAUGGUGAACUUGUUGGUAUCGGACCUGAUGCAAGUGUGCUCCUUACCCUUCAGAGCUUCUUAUUACCUGUCUGGCUCAAAAUGGCUCUUUGGCCCCUUGGCUUGCCGGCUCCUUUUCUAUGUCUUCUACCUCAAUAUGUACAGCUCCAUCUACUUCUUGGUCUUUCUCAACAUUAUGCGCUACCUGGCUCUGAUACGGCCAUAUCUCUUUCAACAAUUGCAGAACUGCUGCAGUGGGUAUGUCAUUUCUUUGGUCAUCUGGCUGUUUCUGUCUCUGGUUAGCAGUCCUCUCCUCAUUGCGUCGAGCAGCAGUACUAAUGUCACUGACAAAUGCAUGGAGCUGCCUGAAGAUAGUAAACCCAUCAGAAUGCUGAUUGUCAUCAACAACACUACAGUGGCCAUGGGCUUUGUGGUGCCUAUGGCAAUCAUCUUGUGGUGUUCUGUUUUUGUGGCCUGCAGACUCCUAAAACCUGGUCCAGCACAGUGCAAGGCCACCACCUCAAGGAAGAAGGGUUGUGCUCUGGUUAUCAUCAACCUGGGAUUCUUCCUAAUCUGCUACUUGCCAUAUCAUGUAAUGAGGGCCAUCUUCUUAAAAGCAGAGUGGAAUUGGAAAACGCACAACUCCACUCAGCUAAUCCAGUCAUGCGAUUACAUUCAGGGAGUCCGUAAAGCAGCUGUGAUGACUCUUUGCUUAGGUGCAGCCAACAGCUGCUUGGACCCCAUCCUUUUCUUCUUUGUUGGAGAAAAUUUCAAAAGUUUCUUUAUGAAGCUGCUGUGGACGAAAAAGAGAAGCAAAUGCCAGCAGAGGGCAGAGUUGCAGGAGCUGCAAAACUGA